GAAAAGGAGACCAAAGGCAAAAGUAAAAGUAUUCAGCCAGAGAAGCAACCAACUAUGCAUUCUGUGGAAAGCCUGCAUCAGAAAUCCAACAAUUUAGUUCAUGAAGAAACUUAUGAGGACACAGACCUGCCAGGAUGGAGUGCAAGGGCUUUUCAGGUCAUCGGUCCUUAUCCUGAUGAUGACACAGCUUAUUGCACUACUCAGAAUGACAACACCAUGGAACCUAAUUUACAUUGUGAAUGUCUGAGUCCUCGACAUGUUUCUUCAGAUUUAAAUAAAGAGAAAACAAUAGCCUCUCUUCUACAAGAACUGAACAUUCUCAGAGCAAGCAAUAAAAAGCUUAAAGAAAAAUUGACUAAAGAAGAAAAGGAACAGAGAAAAUUAAAACUUCAGCUGGAUCUUCAAGAGAAAACAUCAGAAGCUAAAAUUGCUGAAAAGACUGCAGCUCUUGUUGAAGAAGUAUAUUAUGCACAGAAAUUACGUGAUGAAGCUGUUAUGUCUAGGCUUCGAUUAGCCAAUGAAGAAAGAGAUGAAGCAAUUGCACGAGCCAAGAAUAUGGAAAUGGCUUUAAAAUCGCUAGAAAAUAUUAACCCUGAAGAAAAUGACAUGACAUUACAGGAAUUACUGAACAGAAUAAACAAUGCAGACACAGGGAUAACUAUUGAGAAGAAUGGAGCUAUAAUUGUGGAUAGAAUCUACAAGGCCCAGGAAUGUAAAAAGAGAAUAACUGCAGAAGAAAUGAAUGCAGUGUUGGAAGAACGUGAUGCUGCUUUGUCUCAGUGCACACGGCUGGAGCAGGAGCUCCAUCAUCUGAAAGAGCAGAGCCAGACUUCAGCAAACAACAUGAGACAUCUGACUGCUGAAAACAAUCAAGAACGUGCUCUGAAGGCAAAGUUAUUAUCUAUGCAACAAGCCAAAGAAACUGCAGUUCAGCAGUACAAAAAAUUAGAAGAAGAAAUCCAGACACUUCGAGUUUACUACAGUUUACACAAAUCUUUGUCCCAAGAAGAAAAUCUGAAGGAUCAGUUUAACCAUACGCUGAGUACCUAUGAAGAAGCUUUAAAAAAUAGAGAGAGGAUUGUUUCCAUCACUCAGCAACAAAAUGAAGAACUGGCCACCCAGCUGCAACAAGCUCUGGCCGACCGAGCAAAUACGGAAUUACAGCUUCAGCAUGCCAGAGAGGCCUCCCAGACAGCCAAUGAAAAAGUUCAGAAGUUGGAAAGGCUGGUAGAUGUCCUGAGGAAGAAAGUUGGAACGGGAACCAUUAGGACUGUGAUCUGACUGAAAAAAAACCAAAAUGACAGUCUGGGGAAGCAAUCACAUCUGGUGACCAGGCUGCUUCAUUCAACACUGUGUAAACACUAAAGCCUUAACUUAGCAAACAGUUGUUAGAAGUGGGACACUCCAACCACAUUCCAAGCUGAGAUAAAAUCAAAUCACAAAUGUUUAACCACUUUGCUGCUGACUUGAGUUAUUUAUCCAAAUAUAUUAACUACAGACAUUUACCAGUGAGUAGCUAUAAGGUUGCAGCUUAUUUUGUAGCUAUUUUACAUCUCAAUUUCUUUUCAUAUCAGUCUUUUCAUCACGAAAUCAUUAUAGAAACAUGGUAAAGUUGGUCAUGAUUAUGACUUCACAUACGGUCUUAUUGGAAUCACAAUGUGGCAGAGUAAUUGUGUUGGUCAAAAUUUCAAGUUUAUAUAUAUUUUAAUAGGAAUAACUUAACCAAGGAAAGAUAUUCUGAUAUAAGAGCAUAUUACUUUCCUUCAUU